ACUCCUACUGUUUCAGUAUUUAACUGUGUCCACUGUCCCUAUUCCAUCCCCCUCUCUCUUUCUCAAGUCACGGUCCUUCUCCAUCUUUCAUUUCUCUCUUUUUCUCGUCUAGUCUCUUUUGCAGGUGUCCCUAUCUCUCUCUCUCUCUCUCUCUCUCCCCUCUCUCUCCAUCUGUUUCGCUCUUUCUGGUUUUCUUGGAAAAGAAAGUAAGGUCAAGUCUCUUUCCGAGGCCUUCUUGAUCCCUCUUUCUCUCUCUCGCUCUCUCUCUCUGGAACUUUAUCAUUAGGAUUCAUGAAGUUCAUAUAGUGGCGGCUUGUAUCGAUUCCAGAAAGCUUAUAUAUAUAGCUCAUCUUGUUUUAAGCUUUUAGCACAUUCGGUAUUGCUUGUAGCUGCGUUUACUGAUCUUUAGCGUGAAAAAGUUCUUGUUUACUGUUUAAACCUAACCCCCUCCCCUCCCUCUCUCUGAUUCUUGAGCUUAAAGACUGAAACGUGUCGUAAUGAUACUCUAGAAAGAUAUUACCGCGGCUGUUGGCUUACCUACUUGUAGAUUAAUGUUACCUCUGCUUGAACCGCAAUGCAUUUGCUUCUAAUUCUCUGCCUGGCUCUCCCUUUGAAAUUCUUUUCAUGAGUUGGAGUUUCUUUAGAGCCUAGAGGGAUUGAUACUUGUGACAAAUAUUCCUUUGACUAGCGAGACCGUGAGAGAGUUGCAAUUCUUGCGAUGGAAGAGUUUUAUAGGCUUAAUCCUGUAAUAUCUUCUUCUAAUACUUCAGCUAGAUUUCACGGCUCUAUGGAUAACAUGCUCCAAUUCGAAGAGGCUGAGCCAGAAGUCGGAGGAUCGGAGAUGAUGGAUCUGAUCAAGAACCAGAUUUCCAACCAUCCUCUUUAUCCAAAUUUGGUUUCUGCUUAUAUAGAAUGCCAAAAGGUUGGAGCUCCCCCGGAAAUGGCGUCUCUUCUUGAAGAAAUCAGCCGAGGAAACCACUACGCAUUAGGCAGAACUUACAGUGAGAUAGGAGCUAACCCAGAACUGGAUGAAUUCAUGGAGGCAUACUGUAAGACUCUAUAUAGAUACAAGGAGGAGCUAUCCAAGCCGUUCGAUGAAGCUACCACAUUCUUGAGCGGCAUUGAAUCACAGCUCAAUAAUCUCUGUAAAGGAACCUUGACAAGAACCUUGGAUUAUCGUUCUGAUGAAGCAACUGCGACUUCAGGGGAGGAAUUAAGUUAUGGGGAGGUAGAUGCAGCAGCACUUGAAAAUCAGGAGUUCUCUUCUGCUGGCCCUUCAGGAGACAAUGAACUAAAAGAAAAGCUCCUUCGAAAGUACAGUGGCUAUCUUAGCAAUUUGAUGAAAGAGUUUUUAAAGAAAAGGAAGAAGGGAAAGCUACCAAAGGAUGCGACAGUAGCAUUGAUGGAUUGGUGGAAUACCCAUUAUAGAUGGCCAUAUCCGACGGAGGAGGAAAAAUCAAGGUUAUCGGAGUUGACAGGAUUAGACCAAAAACAGAUAAGUAAUUGGUUCAUAAAUCAGAGGAAGAGGCAUUGGAAGCCAGCUGAGGACAUGAGAUUUGCUCUCAUGGACGAUGUUAGCAGUAGUGCUGGACGACCUAUGUUUUUCGAUCCUGGAGAUAGCACAGGAAGAUGAUUUCUUUAUUUUUUUUUCAUUUUUAUAAUUUGGUUUUAGUGCAAGCAUCAUAUUCUGGUUAGAUCAUUGCCUGUAAUCCUAUAUAUAUGUAUAUGUUUUGUCAUGUUGGUCUGCUGUAGUGAACUAACACUCAAAGGCAGCUUUUUUUGUCAUUUGCUUCCUCUUAGAAUUUGUUGAUAACUUUGAUUAUAGCGCCCCAUUAUACUGAAAAUGAUCAAGAAGAUAAGAAAGCAA